AGAAAAUUCUGGAUUUUAGCUGGUUUUUGCAUUUGAAACAAAAAAAAAACAAAAAAAACAAAAAGACUUUUAAGUGUAAACACUUUAAAGGAAGGACUCGUUAGGCUGACGGUGGUGGGAGAUAUCGAGAUGAGAAAAUAAAUGUGGGCAGUGGUGUGAUGAAGUGCGGACGACUCUUGACCUACAUGUAUUUUGGAAAUGUUUGCCUGACUGACAAACAAUGGUUGGCACAUGACACUGGCAACCCCCGACUCCCCCCCAAAUCCCCGCUCCUCCCACUCCUCCAUCAGUGUCUGACGCAGCGUGGCCAGUACACACAUCCUGCCUUUGUGGGCCAGGAAUGCUAAGAAUCCAGACUCCUGCCCUCCCUGCUGCUGCUGCCCAACAAGGUGCUCUCACCCCACCUCCUCCCCCUUAUGCCCCAUCUCAUCCCAGUGAACCCCCUCAGUGGUUUUACAGCACAGCCGGCUGGGUGUCUGGGUGCCUGCUUGCGUAAGUCUGUGCACUGUGUGUGGUUUGAUCUGACUGUGUGCGCACAGUAACAUCACUGCUUCAGUCUGGAGCAACACCACCUGCUCUCAGGAAGUGAGCUGUGUGUAGUGGGACCAACGUUCAACAUAUUCAAGUCUGAAGAAGUUUGCAGGGUGGGCUGUGGUGGACUGAGGUUACCCUGUGGACUUUCUGACCACUGGUAGUACUAUGGAGCAAUGUUUUUAGAAGUUGGUCUCCAUUUUGUUAGUGUGGACAAAGCAAGAACAGACACAUAGAGCUAAGCUGUCCUGUCGACAGCAUUGUGCUAAUCCACUGAUCAGCAGCUGGUGGCAGUAACGUGCCAAGAAAUGUAGCUAUCCAGCAACGAAGAAGGCUGGUAGCUAGCAGACGUGAUAGCAAAAAUGUAGUUAUCCUGUGCAGUUUUUUAUAGACAAAAAAACAUGUGUGUACACGCGUGUGUGAGUGUAUUAUAGCCUAAUAAGUUCCCUUGUAAAUUGUUUUUUUACUGUUUUUAAAGUCUCAGUAGUUUGACGUGUGCAUACUAUGUUUUCAUGGAGCCAGGGGGCCCUUCAGUAUCAAAUACGACAAAGUACAUUUCCCAUGUUUCAUGACAGCAAGCCAACACUUAAUGUGAGGACUUUCCUGCUCUCCAGCAAAACACUUUUUUACGUGCCCCUGGGAUAACAAUGGGAAUACAGAGUUUUUCCUUCCAAUCAUGGGAACCUGAAGAUAGGUCUGUGUUUCCUGGAAUGCAGCCCAUUAGGAAAGAGAUGGAGGGAACGCAGGAUGUCCUGUGUGAGUGUGUGAGUGGGGAGGACAGAGCCCAGCUGGUUGGGCUCUGUCCUCUCCGCUCCAGCUGGUUGGCCGUGGCUGGUGGAAUAGCUGUUCACAGGGAUUUUCUUCACAUCACCACUUCCCCUCUGUUAAAGACUCUGCCUCGAUGGUGCGGGAUUCCCUGCUCAGGUUUUCCAUUACACCUGUCCCACCGCUGCUGUCUUCUUUUUUUUUCCUGCAGACAUCUGUCAUAUGAUUGAACCUGAGUAACACCCCUGUUCAUAUGCGACUAGUACCAGUAUAACUAUAGAUUAUUAAAGAUUUGCCGCUGGCUUUUAUUUUGACACCUUGACAUUUCUCCUUGAGGUCACAUGUCCACAAUUAUACAGGGAUUUGUGAGUGUUUGUAUGUCAGUAUUUCACACCCAUAUACCUGCCUCCUCCUCCUCCUCCUCCUCCUCCCUCUGGACACUCUCCAGCCGUCUUGAGAGGAGAGUCAGUGAUAUCACAGCGGGGGCGGAGGCAUGUGUGUCUAUAAGUACAGGCCCCGCUCAGGGAGACCUCUGUGGAGCUGGGCUGAGCUGAGCUGUGCUGACAACAAGAUACUGUAGAUGAGCAAACAAGAGCAGACUGGUGUACGUCUCAGUGCAUGGACUCUGGACUGUGGAUACAUUUUCAUCCUGGAGCUGACAAACAAGACUUCUUUCUUCCUGGGACUUCCUGGACUGUGGAUCUGAGCGGCUUCUUACUUCUACACUUCUUUAUUUGGUUUGAAGGUUUUUCUCUUUCUGUUCAAUUGCUGCCAUCAGGAUGUUGAGCCCUGUUAUUUUGCAGCAGAUCCUUUCCACCCUGUUUGUGGUCGGCAGCGCUGGUGCAGUGAUGUCCACAGAGUGUCCGGCUGAGUGCUCCUGUGCCCCCUCACCUCCCCCGUGCCCGCUUGGUGUCAGCUGGGUGACCGACGGCUGCGGCUGCUGCAAAGUUUGUGCUCGGCAGUUCAAUGAGGACUGCAGCGCCGUACAACCUUGCGAUCACAUCAAGGGGCUACACUGCCAUCUUGGGGCUGGAGGAGACCCCGAGAGAGGACUGUGUCGAGCUGAGGCCCAGGGUUUGCCCUGCGAGUUCAGCGGGGGGGUGUACCAGCACGGCGAGGACUUUAAGCCCAACUGCCAGCACCAGUGCACCUGUAUGGACGGCGUGGUGGGCUGCAUACCCCUCUGUCCUUACCAAGUGCUCCUACCUGACUGGCGCUGCUCACGGCCCCGGCUGGCCCUGCUAGAGGGCGGCUGCUGUGAGGAAUGGGUGUGUGACGACGACAACCACAUCAGCGAGGAGCCCGACAAGCCGACGCACAGCUCCCUACCAGACAGCCAGGACCUUCCCAACCACAUCAGUGCCCUAUCGCAGGCGCAGGCUCAGCCUCGGCACCCGGCUCUCACCAGAGGGGCCACAUUCAGAGAGAGGGCGUACUUGCCCACGUCGGAGGUAUCACUCGGAUCCACCUGUUUCCCACAAACCACUGUGUGGACUGAGUGCUCCACCACAUGUGGGAUGGGCAUUUCAAACAGGGUGACCAAUAACAACCCAGACUGUCGGCUGGUCAAAGAAAGCAGGCUUUGCCAGGUCCGACAAUGUGAGCCGCAGCUUCCUGUGGCUAGCAAGAAGGGGAAGAAAUGUCAGCGAACCGUCCGUCCCCAGGAACCAGUCAGAAUCACCUUCGCCGGAUGCUCAACAGCACGGCGGUACCGCCCUCGCACCUGUGGGACUUGCACCGAUGACCGCUGCUGCACGCCCUCCCUCUCCCGCACCGUGCGUCUCCAUUUCCACUGCCCCGAUGGAGAGGGUUUCUACAGGAACGUCAUGUGGAUACAGCGCUGCAGUUGCAACGCAAGCUGUCACACACGCAGUGGGCCCUCCAGCCCUUCAGUCAGUCUACACAAUGACAUCCACACCUUCAGCCACUGAGGCUGACUCACCAUGCCCAGCCUUGGCCUGGCUCUCUGGGCGAACAGACUCUGCACCUAUCCCUACCUAAACCCACCGCCUCCCCUUCAGUCAGUUGGGUGGGUGCCCCCCCACCCCUCCCCAACCAGGCGACACACUUGCUUGCACUUUAAGCUUCAUGCCACGACGACGUCAGUUUGCCCACCCUAGUGGUGUAUUACCUCUCUGGGACCAGGGCGGCACUGAGGAGAACACACAGGAUGCUGCUGUGUUAGGCUGGCAGAGAGUUUUAUUUUUAUUUAUUUGUAACUUUGUGUAAUCUCCACAGCCAGCAGCGUGACCGUCUGCCAUAGAGAAGCUUGUUUAGAGUAGAUAAAGGAACGAUGCACGUCUCAUGCAUCUUCUAAUACUUUUGACUUAGUGAUGAAGAACUAGAUGACAUAUUCAUUAGUGACUAUAGGGACUGUGUGUUCAUUAUGGCCUGUACUUUGUCAUACAAUGUUUUCUUCAUGUGCUGAUUGUGUGUGUGUGUGUGUGUGUAUAGUUGAAAGUGUAUUGAUCUGUUAGAAGAAUGGGAAACUAUGAUGUUUCGCUUAUUAUCCUUCCACAGUAUAUAGAUUAAAGCAUUCAGUGUAUAUAGACUUCACUCUUAAUUGUGGAGCGGUAAGUUCUAAGAUCACCUCAUUUUUCGGGGUGUGAUUUUAUUUUAGUUUAUGUGUGUGUGCGUGUGUCCCCUUCAGAUUGUACAUACAAUGCUUUUUAUUUCGCGGGAGGAGAUAUAUUUAAGACAUGUUAUACUUGUUCUUUGGAUGCUUUGCAAACUCCUGUACAUCUAAUAAAAACAUAACCUGUAAUGCAUCUUAUUUUUUGGCUAAUGUUGGAAUUAAAUGUAUCACAAGA